AUCUAGAAGGACAUAGAAGUUAAAGGAGCAUUACCAUGAUGAUACCCACAUCUGCAGCUGUCAUAAGUAUCCUGACCUGUGUGUUGCUACAGGGGGCCCGGGCAGGAGUGGUUGGGGACUUUAGCAAUGUGGAACACUGUAAAGACUCUCUGUACAUGGGCACUCCACCUCGAGGGUACUUCAGCAACUCCUUUAAAAAGAUCUGCCAACGGUAUGAGGACAAGCCCCGUUAUGCUACCCUCUAUGACCCACACAAACGCAUCCCCAUCUACUCUGCCUAUACAUUCAAGAGGUCAGAUGGGGAGAAGAAGGUGGACUUCCCUUGGAUGUAUGAGCCCCAGUUGGCCUCAGAAAAAAGCAGCAGCAACAUGGAGCCAUUUCCUCAAUCUUCAAGAAUGCAUAUGAACUUUGAGGACACCCAGGCUGUCCUGGAGGACUAUGCUGAUGUGGUUCAGUAUGAACGUGGCCAACUAAAUCCUGAUGAACAUCAGGCUGACCCUCUAGACAAAGCCUCUACCUACAGCUUGACAAAUGUGGUACCCCAGAUCAGGGAGUUCAACUUGGGUCCCUGGGCGGAACACCAGGACCUCAUCCGCAAGCGCCUAAACAACUACUGCCGUGGCAAAGCCUUUGUGGUCACCGGGGUCACUACCUCUGGGCACACAAUUCGUCGCAACAACCUGGAUCGGGUGGGUGUACCGGAGUACAUGUGGUCGGCCUACUGCUGCACCGAGUUUGACCAAAAUGCGCCAUACUUUGUGCGCUACAAGUUCCCUGUGUUUGGAGCUUAUGGACUGAACGAUCAGGUCAACAACCAUAUGGUGGAAGUUCCUCUCAAGAACCUGGAGCGGUUCCUCAAGGGGCGGAUGAAUGUGGACAAGAAUUUCCAAAUUUUCUAUAAUGACUGCAUAUCAGACAAAUAAAAUAAAACAGCUGUGAUCUCUUUUA